UCAGUGUGCAUCUUGGUGGUGUGCCGGUACAACGCCUUGCUGCCCCUCCUCCUCCCCCCACUCCUUGACCCGGGAGGCGUCUCAAACCUGUGAUAAUCAAGUGUUUAACAGUGUCUUACAGGAGAGAUGAGCACUUAACUAGUGUAGUGGUGACGAGUGAUACCACACGGCCAAGUUUAGGCUGGUAGCCCUGCGGGGGAGUGUAAAAACAGUAGCCAAGGACUUCAGAACCUCCCAGAGACCUCAGAACUUCCUCCCAAGGAUCUCAAAACCUCAUUUUAAACCUUCAAAACCACCUUGUGGGGUUCUGACUGUGUCCAGAACUCAGGGGAGGGAAGAAAGGACUCUACCGGCGGGAGACGUAGCGAGGAACAGUUUGUGAAGUGUCUGAAGACACCUACCUGUGGGAGCAGCGCAGGUGGACGCUCCUACCAGCGCCUCCAGGGGACGCACCAUGAGGCAGGGAGCACCAUGGCGUCCUGUGGGCGUCCUGAAGGCUGGCCGGAGUGGACGCUAGGGCACGGCAUGUGAGGCAGUGGCCGCCAUGAGGUGGUGGCAGGCUGGGGCCGUGGGUCUGGCCGUGCUGGCCUCGCUUCUCCUGGUCCUACACCCAGCACACGCUACCUGGUGGUUCGUGUCGCAGCUCAGUGCCUCAUAUUCGUCGACAAGAAUCCACUGUGAAAACAUCCCCGGGCUGGUGCGCCGACAGCGAGUACUGUGUAAGCGACAUCCGGACGCCAUGUUAGCCGUGACGGAGGGUGCCAUCCAGGGCGUCAGGCACUGUCAGAAACAGUUUCACCACUCCCGCUGGAACUGUUCCACCAUCCCUCGUGACGCGUCCGUCUUCGGCAGACACGUUCUGAGAACGGGUACCCGGGAGUCGGCGUUCGUGUACUCUAUCAACAGUGCCGGUGUAGUGCACGCCAUCACCCGGGCCUGUAGCCGCGGCGCCAUCACCAACUGUGCCUGUGAUCUGACCAAGAAGGGCAGCCAUCGUGACCGGGGAGGACAGUUUACGUGGGGCGGCUGCUCAGAUAACAUCCGCUACGGCACCGCCUUCGCCAGGAAGUUCAUAGACGCCCGUGAUCGUCGGCCGCGGGACGCCAGAGCUCUCAUGAACCUACACAACAACCGCGCUGGUCGCAAGGGGGUACGGAAGAAGAUGCGUCUAGAGUGUAAGUGCCAUGGGGUGUCUGGCUCAUGUACAGUCAGGACCUGCUGGCAGACAAUGGCGCCCUUCGGAGCCACGGCACGCUGGCUCAAGAGUCGCUACGACGAAGCCACGGAGGUGAGAGUCCAACCCAACGGUGUGUUUAUGGUCCCCCGAUACGGUGAUCACAGGAAACCCAGGAAGAAAGAUCUGGUGUACCUCGAGUCUUCCCCGGACUACUGCGACGCUGAUUCUUCCUCAGGGUUCACGGGCACGGGAGGCCGCCAGUGCAAUCGGACAUCACAAGGUACGGACGGCUGUGAACUGCUGUGCUGUGGCCGAGGCUUCGACACCCACAAGCGGCUUAUCACCACCAAGUGUGAGUGCAUGUUCCAGUGGUGCUGCUCCGUUGAAUGCAAGACCUGUGAGGCCUGGAUGGACCUACACUUCUGUAAGGCCUGGCAGGACCCUUUACAUCGUCUCUGACCAGCUCGACUGAGUUUCUUUUCGUCUACUGCUUAAGGCCUGAUGAAGGUACAGUACCUGAAGGGAGCUGGACCCGUCAUAACGCCUGAGACCUGUUUCUUCUUCAGGAAGAUGGUGUUUACUCCGUCGACUAACAAGACCUGGAGGAUCUGGUGUUGUCAUUCAUCCUGACGUUGUUUGAGUCGUCAGAUACAACAACGGGGCCCGCUCCAGCACCUAUGAACUCUAAACCGCAGGUCGCCAAUAUUAGACCCGUUGUGGGCUCAUCAUGUCGGCCUCAGACAGACACUCAAUAAUAUGUUGUCAGACUAUCAAGAUUAUAGCAACAGAAAGGACUAACAACAACGACUGUCCUUAUUGGGGAGAAAGACGUAUAAAGUAUCGGUGAAAAGACACGACGAAAUAUUCAAGAAAAUAUUAUAGAAAAGCAGAAAACAUAAUUAUGUAAACAGACCCAAAGUGAUAUAAGAAAUGAAAUUGAUAGUAAAUUUACAAAAGUAUAAGAAAAGAUCUAUUUGAGAUUAUAUUUUUUUUCACUCGCACCCAGUGAAGAGAAUAAAUCAAAUAAAAAACUAAAAUGUGUAUGAGAACAAUUAUUUCUAGAAAAAAAUAACUCAGAUACAAAUGCAGCAGCCAGCUAGGGGGUUGCGACUACUGGAAAAUUGCAUUACGUGUCUACACCCAUCCUAGUAAAAAAAAAAUACCAAUCGACCUUGACCAUUAGGAUGUGAAAUACCCAUCAACCAAUCACGGGUCUAAGAGGAUUAUCGACAUAAACCAAGUGACACGGAAAUAAGCCCUUCCUUCUCUUUCAUCUAAUUAUGUGUUAACCUGACAGACAGCCAAAUGAACACUCGGUCCUGGAAAACUUAACCGAGAAUGGUGAGAAGAAUGAUAGAUAAUAGAUGAAAUUAUAGACUAUUGAAUCCAAUACUGUAGAGGUUGUGAGGUGUGUCUCCUUGUGUGUAGUGUUAUCAAUACAGUGGUAGUCGACCAUGAUCUAUCAGUGAACCAAUGUUUGUGUAUAUGUGGACCUUAGUCUCUAAUUGUAGUUUAGGCCCUGUACGUAACUAUGUAACUCUGUUUAUCUAUUUUUUUCUGUAUGUAACUGCCAAUCUGGCUAAUGAUCUACUUGUGUAUCUAUCUAUCCAUAUAUUGGUUAAUAUUCAGUAUAGCAUAUGACCUAGGCUUCAGGAUGACAAUAGGGUGUGGGAAUUAUUUUGUAUAAUUCCACGUAAUAUUAUUCCUGCGGCAUGGAGCGGCCAGGGCGUAGACGCACUACCUACUUUCCAAAACGGUCUGUGUGACUGUGCCCCACCUGCCAGUGUCUUCCUGGCGUUAACAUGCUGUCUACGCAUCACAGAGGUUUGCUGGUACUUUUAGAAAAUAAUGACUUUCAAUGUGUGGUACCUGAAGAGGUACCCAGGAAAAAACAUCCCAUAUAUUAGAGGAGGGUGGAAGUAGGCGAACUUCACCAUCUCUACAAGGAACUUCGCCAAGAUCCAAAGAAGUUUCACGAGUACACCAGAAUGUAUUCUGACUAGGGACGAGGCCUACCCACUCUGUUUAUAUUUGUUGAAAACUAUCCUAGGAAUGAUCUGAACAAAUAUGAAAUUAAUUACAGAUUGUCCCGUGCCAGGUGUGUUGUAGAGUGUGCAUUUGAAAUUGGUACAUGUAAAUGGAGAAUUUUAAAUAAAGCGAUUGAAAAAAGGUAGAUACUACUGUUAACAUUAUAAAGUGUUCGACACAUUUACAUAAUAUCCUCAUUGACACAGAGGGUCUGGACGCAAAGUCAUAUGCAAUUCAAGAAUAUACAGUUGAGAAUAACACAGCACCCUCUUGAAUAAAUGAUGUUUUACAAUCUUCUGCAAAUAUUAUAUAAGAGAAACAUUUUGCAGAUGCUUUAAUAUUCCACAAGGAUCUAUUUCUUGGCAAGACCAAGCUGUUAACAGUGGAAAAUAAAUUUAUACCCUUCUUUAGUUUUGGAGUAGAAUGCGAGGACUCGCGCAACUGAGGAAGCGACGAUCAAAAUAUUUGAUCGCUGCUUCUAGGUCGCGAGUCUAGUUCCUGCUUCCUGGUCGCUCGCGAACGCUUCACUUGUCUACGUGGGACACAUCAAAGAAAACACCUAUGUUUGUCUGCUACACCAAGGUAGCGCGUUCAAUCGUGCAGUCGCUCGAUGCCACGGGAUGCUCGCACCUGGAACAACCUAAUUCGGAUGGUGAGUGUGUAAAUGAAUUUAAAGUAUAAAAGGCCUGUUGUUAUGGAUAGAUCAUGGAUUUCUCUAAAUUUUCCGUAUAAUUCAUGAUUCAAAUGUAUAAAAAUAUAAAUUGGGGUGUUGGUUUAAUAUAAAUAAUUAGUCUGAUUAGCGUUGACAGCCAUCAGAUGUUUCGCCGGGUUAAGUCGAGUUAACAAUUUCUCGUCAAUUACUUUAAUUCUCGUAAAUUAGUUUAAAUAAAAAUAAUAAUAGAUUGCAAUUGUAUUAUAAUUAUAAAUUAUAAGUUGUCAAAGUAAAGUAUAAACUUAAUUUCAGUGACAAUGUGUCACAGUAACGUCAUUUUGACGGGCUUUUUUGGCAGAAAUGGUGUUGCUCCUGCCGCGUUAUGUGAGAUGUCUACCACUGUGAAAUAUUUACCCAUUUUUCCCAAACAAUAUCAAUAAAAUGGAACAAAAGGCAACUGACAGCUUGCGAUAUCUUUAUUAUUUCAAGCUAUAUAUAUAUACUUAUAAUCAAAUAGCAGAGUUGGGUCUCGUGGCGUCUGUUUAGAUGCGCAGAACAGAUGAUUUCUGGUUGGCGCAUGACCGCACAUGCGCAAUAUAGCGCCAGGGGUAGAAUUUUUUCUAAGUAGAAAUUUCACACAGCAUGGAACCGGAAGGCAGAGAUGUUUACAACUUUACAGAAACACACCCCGAUCACUGGCGGAAGUCUUAAUAAACUUCACCGAAGAUUCAUAAGCCCAUCUUUCGAUAAAGCUCUGAUAGUGCUGGAGAACAGUGGUUCCGUAGGAGAGGAUGGAGUAGGUAAGCCUCCAUUUUUUCAAGUAAACGAAUUAAUUAAUUAUUGUGUGUGUAAUAUAUUACUACUUAGGGCGAAGGUUUAAAAAGUAUUCGUGUGGUUAUCGUUGUAUAUUGGUAGGUCUGCUCCUAUUGUACAGCAGUAUUACUAUAAACACCUUUCACGAUAAUUCCAUAUCUAUUUGGUCCCUGUGUAUAAUGUAUGUAAAGUUAUCUUGGUUGUGUGUUGAAUAUAAAUGUUUUAUGAUACGUUAUAAAAAAUAACCAGCUCGUCUCUAACCACAACUUUUUAGUUCUUCAGUGAAAUCAUGGUAUUUCAUUGACACUGACUUUAAUGGUAAAUUAUAGCAACAGUUUUUGUCACAAUCGCGUUGAAUUAUAAGUCCGGCGAGCUAUCUCAGCGUUGCUCAGACCAUUAUAGUGAAGAGUAACAUUGUAUCUUGCGUUUCCUUUGACGUUCCGUCGUGUGUGGGUGCUUCAGGACUGCUGCAGCUGUAGUCAUAUGGCCGCAAUCCUGGUAGUAACAGAAAAAUUGUCUGCAUUUCGUUUUUAUUUACCUUAAGUAAAAUUGAUAUAAAAACAGCGAUUGUCGUUAACAGAUAAAUAAAAUCAAUAAUUCAGUAAAUCUUUACUUAAUUUUAAAGUACAAAUCAACUGUAGACAUAAUCAUAUAUUCACAAUUUAUAUUAAUCAGUACUUUAACUUUGUAAUGGUUUUCUUCCAAACACAACAGUAACGAAAUAGCAACUUGCCUCUGGGUUUAUAACACUACCCUUACCCUGUUGCACAAAUACAUCGAUAUUUAUUCAUCAUUAAAUUAUAUAUUACAUUGCACAUGAAUGCUUAAUAUCAUUCAUAAUGUUAUCUGUGGUAUUAAUCAAUAAACUUAAAAUCACAGAGGAAGCAUUUUCUAUAGCUAGGGGUACUAACCUAUCCGAUACAUCACAUCUGAAGUAAUUGCUCAUUUUCGAUUCCUGCGGGCCAUGAGGUCUACGGUCAAUACUUUUCUUUUUGCUGAAUGUACUGUACAUUUUCCGUACAGUCAAUUAAUGUAGCCCCAUCUAUUACUCGACCUGUAAUACACCUAAAUUCGACCAGCUAUAGAUUCGACACUCCCAUUCGAUCCUCCAGACUCGACACUUCCAUUCGACCCUCCAGACGCGACUUCCUUUCAACCCUCCAGACUCGACACUUCAUUCGACCUUCCAGACGCGACACUUCCUUUCAACCCUCCAGAUUCGACUUUUCUAUUCGACCCUCUAGACUCGACACUUCCGUUCGACCCUCCAGAUUCGACACUUCCUUUUGACCUUUUAGACGCGACACUUCCUUUCGACUCUCUAGGCUCGACACUUCCUUUCGACCCUCUAGACUCGACACUCUUAUUUAAUCUUCAGAUUUAACACUCAGUCGACCUCUCAGGAAACGACUUUCAUACGCGACCUUCUCCUGACGUGACACUUAAUAGUCACUUCAGAAACGACAAUCAUGUUCGAUCUCCAGAUUGAACACUCAAAUUCGAUACAUUUAUUAAACCUUUUCCAAAUUCGACAUUCUUAAUCGACCCUCCAGAUCGAACACAUGUACAGUACAUGACUUCGGAUUCGACUCUCAUAUUCAUCCUCUCUGCCCGUUACGGGGAAGGUUGUCGCGAGAUUUUCUGUACCUAUGAGUCAAGUUUUUAAUUUUGUAAUCGAAAUAAUAGAAAUGAUUUAUGAUUCAAUAUUACUAUUACCUGUUUAGUCUGAAUCGUGUGUGUGUGUGUGUGUGUGUGUGUGUGUGUGUGUGUGUGUGUGUGUGUGUGUGUGAUUUUUCCUCUCAUUUAUUUAAAGCGUUUUAUUUGCACGAACAUGUCCACACGGAUGCGCACUCAUAAAUGUAAUUCAUAAAAUAUACCACACACACACACACAAGACCUAGAAUAUAGUCUGUUGUACAUUAAUAAGUAAUUGCCCACUUCACAAGUUACUCAGUACAGUACAUGUGAACCUAGUCAUUUAUAAAUACACGCAUAUACAGUAUAUAUAUAUAUAUAUAUUUGUAUAGUAUAGUGACCUGUCCACCAUGGUAUAUUAUUAGUGUACAUUAAUCCCUCAUACAAUAUAUAAGAACUUCACAUUUGUGUUCUUAGAGUAAUUUAGACGUUUAUUUAUGAUAUAAUUAAAAUAUAUGUAGGGUAUUAUAAUGAGUUUGGAGUAAGCUAGAUUUUGAUGACUGAUUAUUGGUGUAAAAAAUGGUCAUUGGUUGUAAGAACAAUUAUUGAGGUACCGUAAGCAUCCUUCACCUUGAUAAUAAUCCUUACAAGUCAGGUCAGGUGGAGUGAUUAUACGCAUUUUUUUUAUAUUACAAUACUAACGAUUAUAAUUACACAAUAGUUGGAGCAUUUGAUUAUAAAGGAAAUAUCUAUUAUUAUCACUUUUUGUAUUGUGAGUUUUAAAGAGAGAAAAAAGGUUAUUCAGAUUUUAUUUUUUCUUUGGCAUUAUAGAAAAAUACUUAAGAACAUAAUCCCAAUAUUUUGUAAUGUUUGGUGGAAAAAAAUAUGAAAAGAUGAAAAUAAAUAUUAGCUCUUUUUAUAUAUAUUUUAUCUUGAAACCAAUACAAAAUAAAAUUAUGUAUCCCAAAAUAGUUCUGUUUAUUUAGAUCUAACAUCCAAUAAUA